AUGACCAUCCAAUCCUGGCAUGAAAAGGCCCUCACCAAACAAGCCACAGCGGCAUCCAAAAUCCCCCCGGAAUGGCGCCUCCCAGCCUCAAUCCAGUCCCAACUCACCUCAGACCCCAAUCUCAACUGUCUCGACAUCCCAGCCCAAACGGGACUCCUCACGGCCCGCGAACUCUCCAUCACCACGACAGAAGACGCCACAGCCCUCCUCGCCAAAAUCGCGAACCAAGAAUACACCGCAGUGGAGGUUACAACAGCCUUCAGUAAACGCGCAGCAAUAGCCCAGCAGCUAACAAGCUGUCUAACGGAGACAUUCUUCGAUGUGGCCCUCGCCCGCGCCAAAGCGCUCGACGAGCAUCUCGCCACAACCGGCAAGACAAUCGGACCGCUGCACGGCCUACCCAUCAGUCUGAAAGAUUGCUUCAAUUUAACCGGUAUCCCGUCGACGUUGGGCUUCGUCUCCUUCAUAGAUAAACCUGCCCCGACGACGAAUUCCGCUCUCGUUGAUAUCCUCCUCGCCGCUGGUGCCGUGCUCUACGUCAAAACGAAUAUCCCGCAGACGUUGAUGACCGCCGAGUCGCAUAACAAUAUCUUCGGGCGGGUGUUGAAUCCUCACCGGAUGAAUCUGGCAGCAGGGGGCAGUUCGGGCGGCGAAGGUGCGCUGGUCGCGCUGCGCGGGUCGCUUUUAGGCGUGGGCACUGAUAUCGGGGGUUCGAUCCGCAUUCCCGCGUUAUGCUGUGGGGUGAUUGGGUUUAAACCGAGUGGAGGGAGAGUCCCCUUUGCGGGACAGACGAGUGCAGCCAGACCGGGUCUUACGGGCAUAGCGCCUGUGGCUGGCCCGUUGUGCCAUUCUGUUCGCGAUGCGGACUUGUUUUUCAAAGUCGUUGCCGACUCGCAUCCCGAGGAUGUCGACGACCAGGUGCAUGGCCUGCCAUGGUCGAUUCCCACUGAGCCGCUUAAGUCGUCGUUGACAAUCGGGCUUCUCCCGGAGGAUCCCUCGAGGCCAUAUCACCCCAACAUCCAGCGGACACUCUCAACCGCAACGCAGAAGCUUGCCGCAGCAGGCCAUCAGAUCAUUGAUCUAACCGGGAAGUGCCCCUCAGUCAAAGAGAUAAGCGAUAUCGCAAUGCAAUUCUUCCAGAUGGAUCCUGACAGGAUACCGUUGGGCCAUCUCGCAGCAAGCGAGGAGCCCUGGGUCCCGUCUUUGAAAUACACAUAUGACCCUAACGGAGCAGGUCCGGAGCCUACAUUGCGACAGCUAUAUGACCUGAAUGUUCAGAAGGCGGAUGCUUCCGCGGCGAUAAGAAAGGUGUUCCUGGAUAAUGAGCUCGACGUGAUACUGGCACCGGGACAUCAGAGUUGUGCGCCUGUGCACGAUACGUUCGGGUUGCCGAUCUACACGAUGCUGGCUAAUUUGGUUGAUUAUCCGGCAUGCAUUCUCCCCUUCGGGACUGCUGAUGAGGCAGCUGAUGCUGAUUUCGUUCGUGAUAUUGAAUACGUUCCCAAGUAUAUCCCGAAAGAGGUUGAAGGUGCUCCAUGCCAUAUCCAGCUCAUUGGAAGACGAUUGAAGGAUGAGUUAUUGGUGCAGCAUAGUAAGGUUGUCGAGGGUGUGUUGAAAGGUAAGUGA